ACAGAAGGGCGGACCGUCAACAACAGCGGUCUGUGCGUCUGUGCGCGCGGCGCAGGGACACAGCGAGUGUUGUUUUGAAUUUACUAGAAGACACCGACCGACCGGAGGGGGGUAGGGCUCUUGGAUAAGAUGGCGGAUGAAGGCGAUGAAACUCGGCCAGCUUUUCCCUCAGCACCCCGAAACGGCCCGGUGGUCGGCUCCUCGGCGACUACGGUAACCUCCGGUCCUCGGGUGGUGAGGAUCGUCAAGUCCGAGUCCGGUUAUGGGUUCAAUGUGCGCGGCCAGGUCAGCGAAGGCGGCCAGCUCCGGAGCAUUAACGGAGAGUUGUAUGCACCUCUGCAGCAUGUGAGCGCUGUGCUGCCCGGAGGAGCUGCGGACCGUGCCGGGAUAGCGAAAGGAGACCGCAUCUUGGAGGUAAAUGGUGUGAGUGUGGAGGGGGCCACACAUAAGCAGGUGGUGGACCUGAUCCGAGCGGGGGAGAAGGAGUUGGUUCUGGUGGUGCUGUCCGUCCCCCCACAGGAGGCUGAGGGGCUGGAGGGGGGUGAGGACAUCCAGCCUAAUUAUGACUACAGUGACAAACAGGCUGUGCCCAUCUCCAUCCCCACAUAUAAACAUGUGGAGCAGCACGCCGAGAGGUUUGUGGUGUACAACGUGUACAUGUCGGGCAGACAGCUGUGCUCAAAGAGAUACCGCGAGUUUGCCAUUCUGCACCAAAACCUCAAGAGGGAAUUCUCCAACUUUAACUUCCCCAAACUCCCUGGAAAAUGGCCCUUCUCCCUGUCCGAACAGCAGCUGGACGCCCGACGCAGAGGCCUGGAGGAGUACCUAGAGAGAGUGUGCUCUGUGCGGGUAAUUGGGGAGAGUGACAUCAUGCAAGAGUUCCUGUCUGAAUCAGAUGAGAACUACAAUGGCGUGACAGAUGUAGAGCUGCGGAUAGCACUUCCCGACAAGACGACCAUUUCAGUGCGAGUCCGAAAGAACAGCACAACAGACCAGGUGUAUCAGGCAUUAGUGUUGAAGGUCGGCAUGGACAGUAUUAUGGCAAGCUACUUUGCCCUUUUUGAAGUCAUCAACCACUCUUUUGUUCGUAAAUUGGCCCCUAACGAGUUCCCUCACAAGCUGUAUGUUCAGAACUACACGUCGGCAGUCCCGGGGACCUGCUUGGCACUGCGUAAAUGGUUGUUUAGUUUCCAGGAGGAGGAGCUGCUGCGGGACAACCCUCUGGCUCUGCACUACUGCUUCCACCAGGCACUGGACGAUGUGAAGAAGGGAUUCAUAAAAACAGAGGACAAAUCCUACCAGCUGCAGAAACUGGCAGAGCAGCGCAAGAUGGCCACGUACUUGAGUCUGUUGCGGUCGUGCGAGGGCUACAAUGAAGUGGUUUUCCCGCACUGCUCUUGUGACUCUCGGAGAAAAGGUCACGUGAUCACAGCCAUCAGCAUCAACCACUUCAAACUGCACGCAUGCACCGAGGACGGCACGCUCGAGAACCAGGUGAUAGCUUUUGAGUGGAGCGAGAUGCAGCGCUGGGACACAGACGAGGAGGGCAUGGCGUUUUGUUUCGAGUAUGCAAGAGGAGAGAAGAAGCCAAGAUGGGUCAAAAUAUUCACUCCAUAUUUCAACUACAUGCAUGAAUGCUUCGAGCGGGUCUUUUGUGAGCUCAAGUGGAGGAAGCAGGUCGAGGAGGAGGCUUCGGACAAAGACAACAAGAACUGCAGCAACAAUGAGUAUCUUCCACCAUUGGAGACACAGCAGAAGGGAUGGCGCCACCUAGGGGGUGAGAUUGCAACAUCCUAAAACCUUCCAUCUGCCCCCAUCUUCUUCUCCAACUAGAAACUGGUCCACUAGCAUCGUCACCUCCACCCAAGCGAGAGCGCCAUCUACAGACAUCGCAUGGAGACAAGAGUGCGCUGGUCCCAUGCCGAGGCAAAACAAACAAAAGUGACCGAUUUGGGAAAUAAAAAAAUUAUAAAUGCAAACUAAAAAUUCCUGGGAUUCUCGAAAGCGGCCCGGACAAGCAGAAGUGAAGGGACAUGGACUGGAGCCAACCUUCAUAUCAUUCACUAGAUCUGUCACUAGAUCUCCAUAAGUGUCUCUUGUUUUCCUCAACGCCCCUUUAGAGUGGGUGGGGCAGUAGCAGGAUGCCCCUCAGCUCAAAUAGAGGACUUCAAAGGCAAUUGUAGGCGGCUGACAUCUUGGUCGGGAUCGGUACAGCCCAUUUUUCAACGCCUGUCCGAUAGACUAGAAGAAAGAAGUCUUUUUUGACCGAGAUCGGACGACACUGAUGCUGGACAUUGACAAAAUGUUUUCUACAUGGCAUCAGAUUGAAAAAGAUAUAUUUGGGUGUUUUCUGAAAAUAGCAGGAUAGAAGACUAAGCAUUCAAAACUGCUAUUACUAAUCUUAUUUUCACUGUAUUUUGUUUUGCUACAGUAUGUCACAUUCAGGCAGUCAGCCAUGUUGUCAGUAUAGUUCCCCUUUAAGUGUUUUCUUCUGCUAAUUGUCAGUGACUCUCAAGCUUGUUGAAAACUGAAGCGUCCCAGAUUAUAUAUAAAGAGGCUGACUGACAAUUUGAACUAAGCUGUGUUUUUCUAAGCAAGCAGCAGAGGGCAGCAGAGCAUAAGGACGUCUAGGGGGAUCGUUUGAGCCGUUAAGUCCUUAUUUAAAAGGGGAUCCCUAGGGUGCAGUAAGCCAGCCUCCUGUACGUUAACGACACCAGGGGUAUAGGUGUGCGCGACCAAGCAAAGAGAUGGUGCCACUAGCAUAGAGAGUUAUGCAGGCAACUGUCUACUUCUCAGUUCAGUAUUAUGUAGUUAUAUAUGUAUGUCUAGUCAGUUUUAACACUGGUAUUCUUUCCUUUAAUUUGAGGAGCAUUUCAUAUUUGUUACAUAAAGAUGAUGCUAUAAUCUAUUUAUCUUAUGUCUUUGGUGUGUAGAACGCACUGUUAUUUUUUUGGAGACUGUAAUCGCUGAUCGGAAUAUUAAUGCAUUCAAUCCUCACUGAUGCAAUAGGUUUGUUUAUGCCGCUAAGGGCUAUAAUUAUUACUGACUACUUCGGCUUCUUCCUGGCAAACAACAACCAAAAACUGCACAGAAAGAGAUAUACAACAACACGCACGGUUCAACUUUAUUCUUAUGUCCACUCCAGUUUUGCUUCAGUAGUAGUUUUAAUGCAUGAUUUGCUUGCUGACCUGUUAGUAUGUGUUGGGGGAUAGUGUGUGUGUCAUUUUGUGUUGAUAAGAUUGUAGGCUCUGAUUGGACUGGGUCUGCAUUGAAUUGUGAGCCCACAAAGGAAGAUGAGAUUACCAAGUGUGAAGACGGCAUGCAGAUUGAGACAAAUGAGAGGCGCCCCAUAUUGUCCAUGUCAUUCAAAUUCACAUGCUUUUCAUAGCGUACCGCAGCUGUCAUAACCAGCAAUAAUGUCUUUAGUCGGUUAGUUGGCUCUAAACAGAAUGUUGGAAAUUUGAGUGUUUUGGAGGGUAUUUUUGACAUUACCUCCUCAUUAUUCUCCCCAGAUUUAUUUUGACAUGUAUUUUAUUAUAGCUCAGCCCACAUACCAGAUCUGUGUUUGAUAACUGACGUUUUUAGCCAUUUUCUUGGCUCUAAAGAGGGGUACUUAGCCGCUGUUGUCAAAAGUUGAGGCAUAUAGCAGGAAUUUGAGCUGAAAAUGCUUUUCUUGAGGCUGCGUGGUCAGUGUGACAGGCAAAGUAAUGUUCGCCUUCGUGCAAGAUGACAUCUCAAUUGUACUUACUCAGCCAUGAUGCAUUUAUUCCAUUGUAAAAGAAAAGGGUGAUGGAGGUGCAGUCAGGCCUAAGCCUUUCCAUCUAUAACUAUUGCUAACAGUCUCCAGGUUCUAUCGUCGUGGCAAUAGUGGUUGUUGCCGUGGCAGCAGCGAACCCAAGAACGGCAGCAUCACUGUCUUUUUUUUUUACAGUGUCAUGAUGUCAAAAAAUCCCAAUUGGAGGAUAGGUGCAGGUGAAGCACUAUUUUUAAAAGGAAAGACAAAAACUUAUGCCUUUACAAUAGCACUGAGGAAAACUGCAAGAAAUGUUGUAAAGAAUUGUAACACUAAUAUAUUCAAUUUAAAAUAUAAUCAAUUGCACAGCUACUUUUGACCAAUUUGACAAGAGAUUUCCCAAAUACUAAACCAGAUAUCCGUUAAUGGUUAGGUCUACAGAAUAUUUUUUGAUGACGACUACAUUAUAUUCACCCCGUUUUGAAGCCACAACUUUUAAAUAUUGUUUUAUAUUUUAGUUUUUAUAAUUUGUGUGGAAGGAGAAGGCAUUAGUUAAACUGAGUUUUUCAUGUCAAAAAUCCUCUAUGGCAUUAAAAUGUUAAAAUUAAAAUACUGGAAGCUAUCGUGUUGUUUAUGGUUAACAGCAGUUUUUACCAUAGACUUGGGGCUUCCAUUUUUUUCUAUGGGCCAUUGUUAUGACGUCAAACCAGCUCCCCUUUCACUCUGUACUCGAGGCAGUGUUUUUAAUGUUCGUCUUCUCUGUGGCUUGUGAUGCUGAUAUGAAAAUGCUUUGUGAAAAAAAAAUCUUGCGGUUUAAUUUUUUGGUUUUGGUUUGUAAUGGGGCUGCACAGUAUUUAAAAACAUGCAAAAAUCAUGUUUGGUAUUUAAUAGUGGCCGAUAUUUUGAGAUGCUACUUUGAAAAUUGACAUAGGGAGUUGAAUUAAAGUAGAGAUAAAUUAAUAUAUUGUAAUAUUCUUUAUAUAGCUUUACCACUUGAAAGAUGUUGGCACAAAGUCUUGGUAUUGCAUUACAUUGUAUUUAAUUGCAAGCCCAAAUAGGAACAUUAUUUAAAUAUUUUCAAAUGGAAAUGGUUCAUAUACUAUGCAGCCCUCGUCACAGUGUGUUGAGUUGUUUGAUAAAGUCAGUAAUCAGUAUUUUGGGAGUGGACACAAAAACAUUGAUCUGAAUGUGAACGAGUCCUUAUCUUUUAAUAGUCGACCCGUGAUUGGUAUUUUAAUAUGUUCUGUUAGUCUGCUGUGUUUUGUACCGCUGGACGUUUUUCAUUAUGUAUCUUAGUGGACAAAAUAUUCAAAAAGGUACAUGGGUACAUCAUGGUUAUCACAAAAUAUCGAAAUGUAUUUUGCGUAAGCCUCUUGAAAAAUGUUUGUCACCAUGACGACCUCCGCUGAACCUCAUCAAAGUGUCGCUGUUGCUAUAGUAAUAUGCUCCGACUUAUGAUUUUGGUCUUGUGUAAGGAUUUCACUAAAUGGCCAUUACAUUAUGUGACCAGUGAUUAAAUGAAUUGCAAAGAUGACCGUGUGAAAAAAGGUUGAAACUAAAAUGACGAUUCAUUAUAAAAUUUUUGCAAUAAGCAAAAAUUUGAGUAUAUUGUCUUUAAUAAGAAAACUAUUCAAAAGUAGUUAAAUGAUCUGCUUAAAAAUAAUAAUAAUAAUAAUGUAUUCUUAAGUUAUAUUUUGAGGGUGACACUUACCUUUAAGACAGACAACACAUUUUGGCACAUUUCUCCUUGAUUGUAAAAGUACUAUUUGAUUAUUAUUUGUGAAAAAUAUUGAGAAAUUCAUUUUUGCCCAACUUUUUUACCCAAAUUUAAGGAAUUUGGUAGACAAAUUGUGAUGACGAGACAGCUGGGCCAUUCUGCAGUGGUCCGUAUCUAUCCAAACUGGUCCACUAGAAGAGCAAUGGUAAAUAUGUGUUACUUAAGCAAGUGGUCGUAAUGUUAUGGCUGGUUGGUGUAUUGACUGUUUUCUAUGACUUUUCUGGAGACUUUGUGUAACUUUUGAAAACACAGAUUGCUGACCUCUGACCUUCAGCAGACCUAACAUGACGGGUGGAUGUACGUGCAGUUUAACUCAAGUGUUAGCAUUUCUGUGUCUUUUGCUUUGACACUAUUAUUUCCAACUAGACUUUGAUUGAUUAAAUGCAUUGUUUGUCUGCAGCAUAACAUGUAAAUAGUUGUUUAAAAAAGUUAAGAGAGUAUCCUUUCUGACAAAAAAUGCACUCUUGUUUCUCCAAGACUUUUAUUUAUUUAAGCAGAAAUUAUGACAUUUGGGGAAAUUCUAGUGUAAAAAUGCUAGCAGCACUGUUGAUCUUUCAAUUUUAUGCAUUAGGUUUGGUUGGUCUAACUUCACAAAGUCACGUACUAAAGGUAAUGUUAACAACUGAUGCAGGCCACAAAAUGAGAGUUUUAUAUCUAAAACACAAUGAAGGUUUACUAACCAAUGUAAGAAAAAAGGUUUCAAAUGUUGUGUAGAGUAAUAAAUUGUAACAAUAUUUUAAAUAAAGUUAUAUAUAUUGGGAAA